AUGUCUUCCACAACCCGAUUCGGUACAGGAGCUCUACGGGCAACUAGCCCCAUAUUCGCACCUGCAGGCCCAGUCCCUUUGGUCAGAACAACCUGGUCUGUGUACAAGUGGCCGGUGGUGCAGCUGCUCAGUUUCAUCAGUGCCAUGCUGCUCGGCUACGAUGUCAGCAACGUUGCCAACAUCCAGGUGCCCAUCGUGACCGACUUUGGUAAAGUCGAACUGCUCACCUGGGUCGCCAUCGGCUAUACAGUCGUCAACUCCUGCGUCGUGCCGCUUUGCCGCAGGCUGUACAUGUUUGGUGAUGCGAGGUGGCAUGUUUACAUUUACGCUUGCAUCUGGAUGGCGGGUGCUGCCGUCGCGGGAGCUGCGACAAGUAUGGAUCUCGUCGUGCUCGGGAGGGCGAUUAUUGGAAUUGGGGGUGCUGGGUUAUACCAAGGCAUUAUGUUCUACAACUACACUUUCUCCACACCCGUCGAAGCCCCCCGUGGCCAGGCCCUAAUCGGUGUCGGCUUUGCUAUCGGUCUACUGCUUGGCCCCGUCGUCGGCGGCGCCUUUGCUGAGAAUCACUCGACAACCUGGCGCUGGGCCAUGUACAUCAACAUUCCCGUCCUGGUGUUCCUCGUCGUCGGCUGGAUUGUCUCCUUACCCGCUCUGUAUCUGGGUCAGACCACGGGCCACCCAGCCGCUCGGCUUCGUGACAUCGACCUCCUGGGCUGGCUGCUACACAGCGCCUUUUUCAUUAUGCUGUGCUCCAGCCUUGUUUCCUCGGGCACGCGAUGGGAAUGGGGCUCGGAGUUGUGCACCGCCGCGUGGGUCUCUACGGGCAUCCUGGGCACGGUGUACGUGGCGCAGCAAGCCUUUUGCAUCUUCACCACGCCCGAAAACAGGAUCUUUCCCGUCAGGGUAUUACGCGAGCGCAUCUCGGCGCUAUUGGUGCUGUCGGUGGCCAUGGCGGCGGCCGCGUACGGCAUUUCGCUGUACUACACGCCGCUCUUCUUUGCGUUCACGCAGGACGCAACCCCGCUCGAGGCUGGGUUGGACCUCAUGCCGUUCAUCGGGAGCUUUGUCGGCACCACGAUCGUCGCCAACAUCUUGCUGUCGCGGCUUAGGCUAUACGCGCCGCUGUACGUGCUGGGAGGUGGCAUCAUUGUCAUCGGCUCGGCGCUGCAGAGCCUCGUGACGGUGGAUGAUCCAAAGUCGCUCAUUCUGGGAAAGCUGGCGGUCGUCGGUGCUGGCUUGGGCCUGGUGUUCCAGACGGGAGGGAGCGUGCUUAAGGCGGUGGCCGCGGGGGAUGCAGUUAGGGAAGGCGAUUACAUCACGGCGUUUGUGACGCUGCAAAUUUCAGGCGUUGCGCUGUUCACUUCUGUGGGUGGCUGCAUCUUCCAGAACCUUGGGGUGAAGUACGUGCGCGAGGCGAUCGAGCAGUACACACAUGGGAUGUUGGUACCGAACGACGGGACUGUACGAAAGGUGCUGGCUGGUCUGGGGUCGGAGCUAAUAGGCGGCCAGCAACUGACUGUGGAGCUGCGGAGGAAGGUGGCCGAGGGUGUCACGGAGGUUAUUCGUAAGCUGUACCUUAUUAUGGUUGCUGCUGGUGCGACAAUUCUACUGUGCGGGUGCUUCAUGCCGUGGGGAAGGUUGAAUUUCAUGUCGGCCGAUGAGGCCAAGAUGGAUGAAGCAUGA